AUGAAUCAAAUCCCUGUGGAAAUAUUAUUUCGUAUUUAUCGCCAACUUGAUAUUAAAGAUUUAGAGAAUUGUUCAGUUGUAUGCAAACAUUGGAAUACAUUAAUCAAUGAUUUAUGCUUAUGGACACCAAAAUGUUGUGAAAAAUUAUCUGAAUACAAAUGGAUUGAUAGAGAAUUACUUAUACUCAUGAAAUUAUGUGGAAUAUACAAGAUGAAAUUGUUUCUUCAGCAUACCGGUACACAUCAUCAACAGUUGAACAGACGACAAUUACAACAUCAUCACCAAAUGCAUCCACAGUCUGGUUAUUAUAUGCGUAAAUUAUUCUAUCGUUUACAUGCAUUAUCAAAUGAGAAUUUCAGUUGUCAGAAGGAUGCCGACUGUCGUCCACCUUCUGAUGGAGAAAAUAUCACCUAUUAUAAAUGUCUAAUGAUUGGUCCAGCUAUGGAUUCUUCCAGCAUAAAUCAAUGCAUAAUAAAGCAUAUGAUUAAAGCAUCUGUAUGGGAUCAGUUGCCUGAUGAUUUUAUUAUUCCUGAUCCAUAUUUAGGCAGGGAAACAAAACUGAUUGGUAGAAAUAUUAUGAUAGAAACACCAAAAUUCAAUACUUCAAUGGCUGAUGAACCGCUGGUUAACAAAAAUCGAUUAUCUGGGAUAUAUCUGCUGAGUAAUGAACACCAAGGGGAUGGAACAACUCAACCUAUGCCUACCUUAAUACCUGAGAUAGGCAGUUUAAUCAGGGAGUAUCAUGUCAUCAUCUAUACACUGGAUAUACGUGAAUCUGGUGUUGAUGACAUAAACUGGGAUCAGAUCAGUUUAGAGAUAAGCGCGAUAUUAAAUAUAUUAGGUUUGGAUCAAAGUUUAUUGAUUGUCGGUGUUGGUGAUAAAUAUGGCAAGGAGGCAUGUUUAAGUCUUACACAACUUGUAGAUAACUUACAAAGCACUAUUCUACAUGAAUCUACAUUAGAUGUUUUAGAAAAUCAAUUGAAAGCUAAAAAUUCAUGUGUACAAUGGAGAGUAUGGUUGACAACGUCGAAUGGUGAAGACUACGACAAUUUAAUACAAAUGAUUCAUUGGGGAUUGUAUAGAAAUCAAUCAAUUAGAUGA